GACAAUUGUUAUCAGCUCACCAGUACUUUUUCCUUUUUCAAACUUACAUAACCCAAACCAACUGAAACCACCAGUAGGCAUGACAUAACCUAUUGUUCUGACUAGUGUGAAAUCAGCCUGAAUAACCCAUCUCUGUUUCACAUUUCACAGGUACUCAUGGCUCAACUUAUGCAGAUGCGGAUUGCGAGAACGAUGAGGAACAGGAUCAUGAAUAUGUUGAAAUUGAUGUUCCAUUUGAGCAACUGGAGAGAGGAGACUUUUGCAUAAUUUAUUGUCAUCCAGAGUCGACUUCUUAGGUCUCAACUGUACCAAGAGAUCAUUUGUGCAGUAGUCAUAGAUGAAGUCCAUAUGGUUUCAGAAUGGGGAGAAGAAUUCCGUCCUGCAUUCCAGAAGCUUGGGGAGUUAAUGUGCAUUCUAGAGAAAGCUUUGCAUUUAAUUCUCACAGCAACUGCUACACCGAAAUCAAUUGCAAGUCUAUCUAAACAGCUGAAUUUGAAAAAUCCACUUGUUAUCAGUGAGAAUGUGGACCGUCCAAAGAUAUUUAUAGACAUUAGAACCAGAUUGCCAAACUUUCAUAAAUUUGACAAAUUUGAUGACUUGAUAGAACCAGUGGCAACAGAAUUGACGGAAAAGGGAGUUCAUUUUCCAGUAACCAUAAUGUAUGUGGAAAGUUUGGAAGCAUUGUCCUAUUUUUAUCAGUUUCUUUCGUAUAAACAUAAGGGUGCCAGCUAUGAUGGUGAGGAAAUUCCACAGAAUAGAAUAUAUGCCCAAUACCACAAAGAUUAUGCAGAGUCCAUGAAGAAAAUCACUAUUCAAGAACUGACUAAAGAAACCCCUAAAGUCAGAUUAGUUUUGGCAACUGUUGCACUGGGAAUGGGGCUUAAUGCUCCAAGUGUUUCACGUAUCAUUCAUUGCAGGCCCCCAACAACACUGGAGAAAUACCUACAAGAAAUCGGUCGUGCUGGACGUGUUGGACAACCGUCAGUGGCAAUUCUUUACUACAACAAAAAUUAUAUUGCAAAAAACAGAAUCGGUAUGACGGAAGUAAUGAGAAAGUUUUGUGAAAGUGAAACAUGUUAUAGAAUUAUUCUUGUGAAUUACUUUGGAUUUGAAAGUGUUGUUUUUUCAGGACCAAAGGAACAUUGUUGCUCCAUUUGUAGCAGAAAAUGACUCGUCGUUACUGACUGUAUAUAUGAUUUCUCCCGUCAAGUGUAAUUUUAAGCAACUCGCUGCAUCUAGUGACAUACACAUCAUUCUUGUGGAUUCUGUUGCUGUAUAAAGUAGAUUCUUAAGACAAUUGUUCACAGGGAUUAUAUUUAAUGCCAGGCAUAGUGACACUCUCACUAUGUCAUGGUCACUUUUCCAAGAGAUAAUUUCCUGUGAGAAACCAUUCAAUAACACUCUCACAAUAACAACAUUUUCAUUUGUUUGUUCUGAUGGUAUAAACUGCCCGAUCACCAAUCGUUAGGAGAUCUGGAAUCACUGAAUUUUGUUUGUGGUCAAGAUACUGUGUAUGAAAAUUAAUUACAUUUUAUUUAUAUGAAAAUGAAUUUCAAUGUCAUAGUCUUUUGUCGGUCAAUAUAAGUCUGACAGUCAUUUCAUGAAAUGUGUUGACUGUUGUAUUGUUUUUUCCAUGGGUUGUUAAUCACUUGGGAUUUUCAUAAUCGAUUAUCUGUUAGACCCAAAUUACUUAUUUAGUCGAUUAUAAUUGGAACAAUUUGUUUUCAAUUACAUGUUGCAUUUAUUGCCUUGGC